UAAAUGUGUUCUUGAGAUCCUGCUAUUGAAUUUGUCCUAUUUCUUCUGGUAUAGGCAAGCAAAAAAAGAAAGAAAAAAACAUAGGCCUAUAUCAAAACAUGACAGUCCAAUUCAGUUGAUGGUCUUCAGGAGUGGUCAGCUGUGCUCCAGAAUGUUUGUUACCUUUGUUGCAACUCCAAGGUUUCUCCCCAAUUCAAAUGUGAGGGGAGACCCUGCUGCAUCCUUGCUCUUUCAAUGAGCUCCAAUUACCAGGAUUUAAUCUUGAAAUAAAGCGCCAUGUGAUUUCUCUAUAUUGAAGACUUCCUGUUUACAUUACUUGACACAAAGAAAACCAUUAUGACCAUCCAAGAACCGUAUUGAAAGUGCAACUCCUCGCAAUUACCUAUUGUAACCCAUUAACCUCUAUGAAUGUGCUAGAACAUGUCUGAUUAUUGAGUUGCCAAGUUUCUGAAGCGAAUGUUGAGUGGGCGUCAGAAAAUAAAUAGUGAGAGGGAGGGAGAGAGGCAGUGACGGGUACGAGUGGGCUUAUUUGCGCAACAUUUCUCUCCCAUUGGUCACUUAAUAGAAGCUAUUCUGAUGUUCUUCAGUGACACGACGAAGAUUCCGUCAAUAAAAAGAAAGACGACAAGCCAGUCAAAAGAAAAAACAACUGUUGGGGAAGAACAUACACUGACUUGCAUCAUAUGCGCUCCUGUUCCACCUGCACCUCUCCACGCCUGGGUUGAAUACAUUUUCCAACAUUACUGAGGGAUUUGGAAGAAUGGAGUGGUAUGUCCUGGUGUUGAUACUUAGCUUGCCAUCUUCGACCCAAGCAGACUGCUCUUCCCAGUGUCUGCAAUGCGCGCAACAAAUCCUCAAUGCAGACAUCCCAGUCAACAGCCUGACUUGUACCUUGGAAUGUGAGGGAACUCUACUGACUACCGCCGAGUUAGACAAAUGCGGGAAGACUCUCCAGUCGCGCACAGUGGGCUCGGAGUUCAGCAAAGAAGAUGCGGGUGCGCGGACCACGCCAGAGAGGGAGGACGACCAAGACGCUUCAAUUGCAAACAUGGUCAAGCGUUACGGUGGAUUCAUUAAACGAAUUGACAAAAACAAAAACAAAUUGUUAACCUCUCCGUGGCGCGAAAAUGGCGCUUAUAAAGGAGCGUACGCGUUCCCUAAGAAAUACGAGGACUUGCUUAGAAAAUUUGGAGAGAGAGAACUCUCGGAGUUUUCAGAGGACGAUCAGGGCGGAGAUGUUGAUUCUGAAAACGAGAUGGGAGUGUUCAAUGAUGAUGAAGCAGCAGUAAACAAGGUCAAACGUUACGGAGGGUUUUUACGCAAAUUUGGUCCAAAGACAAAGUCAAAGAGAAGUGACUCCAGGGAGCAAGGUAGUCGAGAGGAGUUACAAAAGCGAUAUGGAGGUUUCAUGCGAAGGAUUCGGCCAAAGUUGAACAACUUGAACACCUUGAAGUGGGACAAUCAGAAGAGGUACGGUGGCUUUCUACGUCGCCAUUACAAAUUAUCCGUUCGUUCUGAUGAGGAGCCUAGUUCAUAUGAUGACUUUGGUCUAUAGAAAAAACGAACUUCUUCCGCUAAUUCACUUGAAUUCUCACGAUUAUCCGUAUCUGUGGUGCCUAUAGCCUACUGCUUACCUGGUUGCACAUUGUUGCGGCAGAUUUAAUAUCUGAAAACCAUAGGCCAAUAGGCCUACCUGCUUGUGUCAGUCAUGUUUAAACGCUUUCUGUGUGACGGACUUACCCGUGACAAAACAAUUCAUUUGUGUGUUAUUAGUAAAAUACUAUUUAUUACAAUAUGAUGCUUGUUUAAUAAAUCAAUGAAUAAAUACUUUAUUUGUCAAAGUCGCAAGUAAAACAUGUGUGUUGCUUGAAUGAAAAAAAUGUCUAGGCGAAUUGAUUAUCAAACUACAAAUUGACUAAUUGAGCGCGAGCACACAGCCAUCCAGCCACCCACACGCACACCUGAUUUAUGUAAGUAGGCUACCAUACCAAAUAGCCUACAAAAAUGAAAUCGAUUACUUGCCAUUCACUUUGUAGUGCCAAAGGUGACCAAACGCGUAAAGACUCACACACAUCCUUGGCCACCGCCAAUGACCUGUUAUCAUUCAGAGAAAAUACAUACACUAAUGGUUUUCUGAGACAACUACAAUAUUCCAACAAACAUAAAGAAGAACAACAGCAAAAACUAGGCCUACAGCAUAGCGAACAGAGGAUGAUAAGGACCUUUAGAUUGGUGGUCUCAUUUUUAUCGAUGUUCAAAAUGAAAAUACAUUUCUUAAACUCAAUCACCCAACUAAAUUGAGUUGUAAGGAUGAGUGAAAGUGUACUAGCACCAUCUUGUGGACCAGUAGCCCAAGAGUAGGCCUUCGUUGCCACGAGGACAGCGUGGAGCGUUGAGCAUUGGGAGCGCCAAUGCACAAAGGCUUGUGGUGCAUUUCAAAACCAUGGAGAGCGCCUCACUGCAAGAGGACCUUUCAUUGCAUUCACGAUCAGGAGUCCGCUCAAAUGAUUCACAUUGAAUAAAACAUUGAAUAAAAUGUUGUAGCCUUUGAAGUUCACUGAUUGCAAUGACAAUUCUAAGAAUCCAAACAUUUUAAGUUUAAGCAUAACAUUCCCAUCAAUUUAAAUCAAUGACAUGGAUCAUACAAGGACAAAUCAAACUCACUGUUGAGCGGUCACCAUUGAGUGCAGCAACUGUUAUCCACGUUUGAUGCCAUCGGAUUUAAUUUGUCGUAGAGUACCCAAAGCCACCGCACCUGUCGAAGUCGGUGGCCAAAUAUGAGUAUCUGGAGAAACAAAGUUAAGACUUCAGCGCCCCCUAUCGGUAAAUUCUGAUAUCAAGGUGAGGGGCUAGUGGCAUAGCGACAGGUCUGAAAACGUGCAUAGAAACGUAUAGGCUGGCUAUUGUAACAGACCGAUGCAAUAAAAUAACAGACUUUCAAGCAGGUAACAAAGUAAAAAAUAAAAACAUUGACUGUGCUAAAACAGACCCAUAUUUCAACAUCAAAACGUCAAGCUUACCUAUUUAAUUGAAGCACGACCAGCCAGUGACGUUUACGAGUCAAGUAUACUGGCUUGCUUGUAUGCUUGCCAAUCAAGCUGGGGCAUGAUCAUGUGGUGAAUUAGAGGAGAAAAGCGAUGAAAUUCUCGCACAAAACAACUCUAAACCCCGUUUCUGGUCAGAAGAAAUAUGUUACAUGAAGUUAUUUUAAAGUAUUGAUUUCAAUCUACACACAAUACCCCAUAAUGACAAAGCGAAAACAGGUUUUUAGAA